CCGUCUGUAUUUUUGCUGACUUUUUAGAGUUUGAGAGCACUUGGCGUCAUUGUGCCAGGACGACUCAGAUUCGCAAAUACCAGUCGUCCUGCACUGUUUAAGAUCGAUGAGAGCUAUGAUUUGAAUGAUUUCUUUCUAUCGUGGGUUUCCAUCGGAUUCAAGGUUACGAUUACCAACCUACUUGUCUACGAUAACCAGGAAAUAGCGCAUCUUUUCUUAUCAAUGGAGGUGGCCUCCUUUCUCUUGGUCUAGAUUGCAUUCUUCCGAAGCUGUGACUUUUGUGUCCAUUCUUCAAUCUCUUUCUCUCUCUGACCUGGUGCUAGUUUCCUGCACUGUUUAUUCUGUGUGUCUGGGUUCUUCUCUCUGUCCUUUAAUGGCGUCUUCCUCUGUUGCUUCUCCUCUCUGCACAUGGCUCGUCGCUGCUUGCAUGUCUGUUUCCUGCGACAAAGAGCAUUCGUUCAAGCCUUCUGCCUUUCAGUCCCCGGAGAGAUUGGGUAGGAGGGCUCGUAGAAAAAGACUUGCAUCGAAAUGCAGUGCUGGUGGCCACAAUUUCCAAGGGGGUUCGAUUUCGGCCUUUUGUGGAUCGAGUUUACAAGGCCUCAUGAGUUCUUAUUUGGCGUUCGAGCCGUGUGAGGAGUAUUACAGCUCCAAGGGAUUGUCUUCUUUGGGCUUCUUUGGUGACAAUGGGUUUUCGCUGUUUGGGUCGAGGGAUGGAUUGAUGACUCGAAGGCAGAGACGGAUGAAUCGUGCUGCCCCCUCAGGGAAGACCAUGGCUGUAGCUGUACAACCUGCAAAGGAAGUCAUAAGGAAAAAGCCUCUCACAACGCAAAGAAGGGUUGUUGUGACGGGAAUGGGUGUGGUGACUCCAAUUGGUCAUGAUCCUGAUAUAUUCUAUAAUAACCUACUUGAGGGUGUUAGUGGUAUAAGUGAGAUCGAGGCAUUUGACUGUGCCCAGUUUCCUACGAGAAUUGCUGGAGAAAUCAAAUCUUUCACAUCAGAUGGAUGGGUUGCACCUAAACUGUCUAAAAGGGCAGACAAGUUUAUGAUUUACAUGCUAACUGCUGGCAAGAAAGCUUUGGCGGAUGGAGGGAUUACUGAAGAAGUCAUGCAUGAGUUAAGAAAAGAUAAAUGUGGGGUUUUAAUUGGCUCCGCAAUGGGUGGUAUGAAGGUGUUUAAUGAUGGAUUAGAAGCUUUGAGGGUUUCAUAUAAGAAAAUGAAUCCCUUUUGUGUCCCUUUUGCUACAACAAACAUGGGUUCUGCAAUGCUUGCGAUGGAUAUAGGAUGGAUGGGCCCAAACUAUUCAAUUUCAACUGCCUGUGCAACGAGCAACUUUUGUAUACUGAAUGCGGCUAAGCAUAUUAUUAGAGGUGAAGCUGAUAUGAUGCUUUGUGGUGGCUCUGAAGCAGCAGUCAUACCUAUUGGUUUGGGAGGUUUUGUGGCAUGCAGAGCACUUUCUAAGAGGAACAGUGAUCCUACUAAAGCUUCACGCCCUUGGGAUAUUAAUCGUGAUGGAUUUGUUAUGGGAGAAGGUGCCGGGGUUCUGCUUUUAGAAGAACUUGAGCAUGCUAAGGAAAGGGGUGCAAAUAUUUAUGCAGAGUUUCUUGGUGGAAGCUUUACCUGUGAUGCCUAUCACAUGACUGAGCCUCAUCCUGAAGGGACUGGAAUUGUUCUUUGCAUGGAGAAAGCCUUGGCUCAAUCUGGGCUAGCCAGAGAAGACGUCAAUUACAUUAAUGCACAUGCUACAUCUACACCUGCUGGUGACCUGAAAGAGUACCAAGCUCUCAUUCGUUGUUUUGGCCGAAAUCCUGAGCUGAGAGUGAACUCUACAAAAUCGAUGACUGGUCACCUAUUAGGAGCAGCUGGUGCUGUAGAAGCUGUUGCAACAGUGCAGGCAAUAAGGACGGGGUGGGUCCAUCCAAAUAUCAAUCUCGAAAACCCUGAUGAAGGCGUGGAUAUGAAUGUGCUGGUGGGCCCCAAGAAGGAACGGCUGGACAUAAAGGGGGCACUAUCUAAUUCAUUUGGCUUCGGAGGUCACAAUUCCUCCAUCAUAUUUGCUCCCUACAAGUAACUUUGGGAGGUGUAGGUAUGUUUCCCCAGCAGUGGCUGGUGACUCCAUUUGUUGCAACUGCCGCUGGUACUGGUUUUGUGCAAACAUCGAAUCUGCGGUGAUGGUUGCUGGUAGUCUGUCUUAGCUGAACUUGGGAGUAUGGGAUGGGAACUUUCCAUUCCUCUUCCGGCAAUCUUUACAAAAGUUGAAUAAUAGCGUUUCUUGGAAACUUUUAUUUUUUUUUGGAGAGAGAGAAAAGGGGGAAUGGUUUGUAAAUGUUGAGUUUGGCUCUGAAAUCUGAGACAUUACCAAUUUGGACAUUGAUCUAUACAGUCAAUGAUUACAAUGGCCAACUCUGCAGUCCAAUCUGAAGGAAAGAUAUAAAUGAGCCUUUGGGAAUU